UCCUCAUAUUUUUUUUUUUUAUACCUUUUGAGGCUCAGCUCAGGUAUCUUAAUUUUUUAUGUUUCUUAUCCGAUUACUCGGUUUUCUAACUAGUUCAUCGAUUAAUCGACUACUAAAAUAAUCGAUAGCUGCAGCCCUAAAUCACAGAUUAUUUUUUUUCGACUUGGUUCAUUUACAGAUCAUGUUAUGUACUGUUCUAUUACUCUGGGCUUUACAUUUUGUCUGGAAAUGUGCAUUCAAACCAAAAACUAUGCACUGAAAAAGCUGGACGACGACUAUGUAACUGUAAAAUUGUUUUCCAAGAGAAAAGCAGAUGUUAAAGUAAAAAAUAUAUUAUUUUGAUUAAUUACGAAAUGAAUCAUCUGCUUUUAUUAAACACUACACAAAAAUAUUUAAAGCUAAGAACACGAAGGUAUGUAUUUUUUUGUUUAAAAAAGAUAAUACUUUAAGUAUAUUUUACGUAUAUAUCUUUUUAAAUAAAUAAAUGUCAAUGUAAAUACAGAAUAUUUACAGUUUUUUCCUGUUCGCAAAUUAAAAUACAGUAGGCCUACCUACAGUACUUGUAAUAUGUUGUCAUCGACGCCCCCCUCGUUGUGGCCCUUCACAUUUUUAAUUGACGAUCUUCGUUCACCAUGGCAACGUGUGAUGGGCGGAGUACCGGCUGCUUUCUCACCGCUGAUUGGCUGGCAGCACAACCGCUCACUGUGCUAUAUAAUGUGUGAAUGAGAGGCGGCGAGCGGCCACCUUCACGCCGCUUCAUCAAGAAAGCCCACCAACGAGACAGGAGGCGAGCAAGCACCAAGCAGGAAGGCAAGAGGACCAAAGGCGUCGCUUUUUUGCGGGUGGAACAAGUAAAAGAACCUGCGUGACCGAGAAAUACCGCGGAUGACAUGGAGCUCCACAACAGAGUCCCUGGAGAAAUUGUGCCUGUGGUGAUCAUAGGAAACGGCCCGUCAGGAAUCUGCCUGUCCUACCUGUUGUCGGGCUACACCCCCUACCUGUCGCCCGAGGCAUCGCACCCGAACCCGCUACUGCACAGCAAGCUCGCAGAGGAACCUGACGUUUCCCUGCUGGAUCGCGACCUGGAGUACCUGUGCGAGGGUCUCCAGGGACGCUCGUCCAACCCUGUGGCCGUGCUGUUCGACUCGUUGCUGCUUCCCGACAGCGACUUCGGACUGGACUAUACGUCCCCGCUGGAGUGGCGUCGCCGGCCGGACAGAGCCGUGCCGCAUCUGGUCCUGGGAAAGGGGCCCCCCGGUGGAGCCUGGCAUGCAAUGGAGGGAUCCAUGUUAACGCUCAGCCUCGCUAACUGGAUGGAACUGCCAGGACUCAAACUUAAGGACUGGAUGAAAGACAAGAGAAGAAACGUGCGCAACGACCGCGCCACGCCGGCCGAGAUCGCUUCCUACUACCAGCACUAUGUGACGCAAAUGUCACUGGAGCGCAACUUCGCCCACGGGACCACCGUCACCUCGGUCACAUGGCGGGCCGCCGACAGCCGGGGGUCCCGCGGGUGCUGGCGUAUCGAGGGGCAUCAGCGUCGAGAUGGCGAGGAUCUAGCAGAUGAUUCUCUCGCCGAGCGGCUGCCGUUCACUCUGCUGGCCCGCAACGUGGUGCUGGCCACGGGCACCCACGACAUCCCGGCACGUCUGGGAGUGGAAGGCGAGUCGCUGCCUUACGUGUGCCACUCCUUCUGGGAGCUGGAGGCCGCCAUCUCCCGCGGCGAGCUGGACCAGUCCUCCGACCCGGUGCUAGUAGUGGGCGCCGGGCUGACGGCCGCCGACGCCGUGCUGGCGGCACACCACCUCAACACGCCCGUCUACCACGCAUUCCGCCGCGACGUGGCCGAUCCGGGGCUCAUUUUUAAUCAGCUGCCCAAGAUGCUCUACCCUGAGUACCACAAGGUUCACCAGAUGAUGACACAACAGCAGCACCAACCGGCGUCCCCUCUGGACUCGUCUUCCUCGCCCCCCGCCUUCUCGUUGUCUUCGUCAUCCUACACCGGCUACCUCAGCUUCCCUCGCCACCGCGUGGCGUCCUUCCGACCGGACCGCAAAUGCGUGCUAGAGUCGGACACGGGCCGGCGGACCGUGGUCCAAGUGUCCAAAGCGUUGGUGUUGAUCGGCGCCCACCCAAAUUUGUCCUUCUUACCCGAACGGGGUCGACCUCUCGGGGUCCGGCCGGAGGAGGCCAUCACCUGCCGGAGGAACCCCAUCGACGUGGACCCCUUUACUCACCAGGUGUUGUCAGCCGAGGGGCCCGGCAUGUACGCGAUGGGCCCGCUGGUCGGGGAGAACUUUGUGCGCUUCCUCAAGGGCGGUGCGCUAGCUAUUGCUAGCGAUAUCGCUAAAGGACAAAGGGAGGACGCUAAUGGUGUGCACCAGGAUGGACUCGCUGACAAAUGGGUGGACAGAUGGGUCGCCAUUCAGAAUCUAGCGGUGUCGCGGUCGUAGCCGCCGGACACGUGAAGGCGACAAGCCUUCGUUAUUGUGCAAUUGGACUCGAAAAGUUUAAUAGAAAACAAAAACUUUUUUUGUAAAAACAUUUCUCCCUAAAAGUGUGAGAACUUGUUUUUCCAUCAUCUGGUCCUCAUCUUUUUUACUGGUUAUAGUUUCACGGGUGGGGGUGCAGCUAAAGUUGCUUCGUUAAUUAGCAGGCAUGUAAGAAGCUUCCUUCCCGGUCACAUGACCAACAAAGUGUCAGUCCGACCUGGAACAUGCAGUUUUUUUGUUUUUGUUUUAUACCUGUGUUUAAUCUUAUUGUAAUUUUUUUAAUCUUCAAGACCAAAGUUGUGAUUUGCAACACUGUAAUAACUUUAAGUGUUUUGUCUUGAAAUAUGUCAAUAACACUUCUAAAACUGUCUUAUUGGUGUUCUUUGACAGAAUAACCUUUAAAGGCUAAUAAUAGCUACAUUUUUUAGGUUUUACUUGAAGCAUUUUUGUGUUUAAAAAAUGUUAAAACAUCACAUGGUUUUCAUAACGCUCCGGAAUGAAAGCAUGACUUUCAACGGGGACAAAAUGGACCUCAGGUUAACACAUUCUCAAUCAUUAACUACAAAGUAGGACAGUGGGAUAGUUCGAAGUUACCUGAAAUGACCUUUAACUCAUUGGCUGCCAUUGACGUCCAAUCCUUUUUGACCUGGAGGGGCGAAUAAACAUUCGUCAAUAGCAUUGAAACAAGAACAAUCAAAGCCAGUCAUCCCAGUUUGACGGAUUAAUGUGCGAUAAAUCCUCCAAACAAUCCAAAGAAUUAUCAAAACUUGUGGCAUUAAACCUUUUUUAAAAUCUUUGUUUAAUUCAACUAAUAACAAUAAUUAUUCAAAUGACAGCGUUCUUUACAUUAUUGUAUUGUUUUCAUUGUAUAUAAACAUAUUUGUAUCCAAUCAAUUGUGUCGAAUAAACGCACUUCACUGCAA